UAGUAUAUAUUAGUAGUAACUAGUAAGUCGACGUAAAGUUGACUGCUGACAUUAUUACUCUUCUCUUGUUGUUGACUAUAUUCUAUGGUCUUUAAUAAAAUACCAGAAUGUACAUUGUACAAUAUUAGUUAAUAUUGAUUUAAUUUGUUGUUUGUUAGCGAAGUGUCUGCUAAUUACUUAAUUUAAUUCCAAAAAGAAGGCAUUAAAGGAAGGUCUCUAACACAUUAUUCCUGGCAAAUAAUUUAUUACAUGUGGAAAUUUUACGGAUAAUUUGUCAGUUUCAACUCUUCUGACAAAAAUAUUAAAGCGAAAUGAACAUCUCUAAAUUUCCAAGGCUAUUGUGCUAGUCCUAUCAAAUUAUCAAACUAGAGGUAAAAACAACUUUGUAGAAUUAAUUUGAAAACUUAAUUACCUUUAAAAUGGAUCAAAAUAUGGAUAUUGUGGAUCUCAUAUCAUCACUGUUAGAUGCAGGAAAAUAUAAAGAAGCUCUAACUGUACCUAAAGAAGAAAAGUUUUUUAACAAUUUUAGAGAUAAUUGUUGGGACCUCAUAUCCAUUGUAGUCAGCAAAAUUCAAAAUGAUACAAUCACAUUAAAGCCUUCUUUAUAUGGUACUUGUGAGCAGCUUCUUUCACUAAUUAUUGAAAGUGGACAUCAUGAGGAAGCAUUGUUGGAAUUUAUUGAACAGAUUGAAGUUGCCAAAAAUGAUGCACAAUUUAGUAUAAUUUUAAAUCCAUUACAACAGCUACUUUUAAAAUUAUCUACUAAAAGAGGCAGGACAUUAGAAUGUUGUCUUAACUCUAUUAGUACUUACAUAGAAGCUAUUCCAGUAUUGGAUCUUAAUUUAGAAGGAAAAGAAAGAUUGUUAAUGGAUAGUGAUCCGAAUGUAAGGAGGAUAAUUCAUGUUUAUUCACUUUUGCCUCCAUUUUACCAGCCUUUUAUUAAAGAAUUAAAAACUAACUAUAAUGAAAACACUGUUCAAAUAAUAGCAUCUUUUCUCAUAAGCCUGCUUGGGAAACCAUUUGUAUAUAUUGAUUUAGAUCCUGAAUGUAAUUACAAUGGACAAUUUCGACAAUGCUGUUCCACUAUUAUAGAGGAUAUUUGCUUUCUUUUAAAAAAUAUUCUUAAACUAUUUCCUUAUUUAGAAGACUGUUAUAAAGAAAGUCAGAAGAAUCAUCAGGCCAAAACAACGGAAUCUAUUAAUGAUGAUUUUGAGGAUCCAUUUAAACAUAAGGAAAAAAUUAAUCUAACAACUUUGUCUGGAUUAUACUAUAUAAUAUUCUCAGAAGAUUUUGCAGUACCAGAUUUUGCAGUACCUCAUAUUUAUUCAAAUCAAUACAUAACACAUAUAAUUCUAAUAAGUGUUGUACACUUACUGAGUUUUGUUGAAUACAGCCCUCAAACAAAAGCACUAUCACUUGGUACCAGUAUUCUGAAGAGGUUUCCAGACAAUGCAUCACACUCUCUGCUAACUGUGCCUAUUCAUUAUAAAUUAUGUAAAAUAUUAAUAAAUGUCUCUAUAUAUUCUAAUUAUGAUGGUAAUCGGAAACAGGCUGUAAAAUUGAUAGAAAUGUAUGUUAAUAAAUUUAACUAUAGGGGUAGAAUUUUAGUAUUAAAAUAUAUUAUUGACAAUGCCAAUCAUUCUGGUAUGAUUGGAUAUGCUAUAACUUUGUACAAAAAUUCAUUAGAUCAGGCCCUAAAAAAAAUCGAUAUACCAGAAUGUUUUACAGGCGCACAAUUGCACGCUAUGAUUAAGAAAAUUUGCUAUCUCCCAUAUGGUGAAGAGUCUGAUUUGGUUGAGUUAGCUGAUCAAAUCAUUAGUGCAUUGAAUUUUUUGAGAUAUAUUGUUUUAAAAGAUUUAGAAAACAAAACAGGGAUAAAGGAAUUUCUAAAUUUUAUAGAGACAGACUAUUUACAUAAAUUACGUACUGGUCUUAAUAUGUCUAAAGCACAUUAUGAAGCCAAAUUGAAGGAAAUUGAUGAUUGUAAGAAAGUUCAGAAUAAAAAUGUUGAAGUUCAAAUUAACAUAGUAGGAACAAUGCUUGAAAAUAUUCCUACAAAGAACAAGAAAGAUAUCAUAAAUUCUGCAUUGAAUGCUUUCCAUUUAAUAGAAGGUCUUGUUGGACGUUUAACUGAAUGUAUUAACUUGAUUAAAGCACAAACUAAUACUCAAAAAUAAAAAAAUUGUGCGGGCUUAAUAAAUACGAUUUUUUUUAAA